AUGGACGACGCGGUGAGGCAAGCAGCACAGCGUGCAGCACAACUCACGAUCACAAGGUCAAGAUCAGUUGCAUUAGGACAACCACCAGGACCACCCCUCGCAACUCCGCACAGGAAGACAAAUCAGAAUCGAGUCUCCGACACCUUAGACGGAGAACCCAUACAACCAGACGAAAUUGAUCAACUGAUCGACGACGCGGCGGAAGUACUCCAAGGACCUUGGAUCGACUCGGAAGAGGAAGACGACGCCUCAUGGGCCCCUCCGGCAGAGAAGGGGGAAGAGAGGGCAGUUGACAAUACUAGCCCAACCCCCUCCCUAGACCGACAAUCCACGUGGUCACAAUCAGCAAGUUUUAUCUCUCUGCACGAGCUUUCCAGUUGUGAAGGGGAGCUAAAGGCUCAUGAUCCCGAACGAGAAGAGACCCAUGAUCCCGUGACUAGGGGGGUACUCCAGUACCGAGUGUAUGCCCUCCACGAGCCCUAUGCAGAGGGGGAGCAGAACAACCCAAACGACCGGGUGUCGUACUUGUUCAACGUGGGUCGACAUGCAGAAGCUCGAGCCCUUCUAGACUAUAUCACAAGCCAAGUCGCGAGUAGUGUGGUCAACGACGAUGGCGAAAGGGUACCAGUGGCAAGUGGAAGCGGCCUGGCACGAUCACGACCAUACAACUUGUUGGCAGACGAAUUAUCGUCAGCCUCAGACAACGUGGACGAGGCCCCGUUAAUAAAACGCACCAGAAUGGACAACCACCCUAAGGGUCACACACCAGACCGGGUAACACUACACCAAUCCAGCGGCACCUCCUUCCACCCACAAACUUGUACCCCCCUCAACUUGCAGGCUCUACAGCAGCCUCUGCGUCCACCCCCCGUUCCGCAAACUCAACCUCAAAUGAGUAGACUGAACCCGGAUCACGGACCCCCGCAGCCACGCCAACCCAACUCCAACAUCCCCCCGGGACAAACCCAAGAAGACGAGAUCGAAGCGGAGCAGGUCAAGAUACUCCUAGCGACAAAGAAGGGACGGUUAGUGCUGCGAAACGGUGACGUGAUAGAAAAUGGACGCUGGUUGAUAGCGGACGAGUCAGAGGAGAUGGAGAAAGGACUGACCCCCCUAUCCCCAGUACUCACACAUUGGUUGAAAACAUUUAAAUCCUACAUCCCAUUGACGGUUUUCAAUAAGUACUUCCUCAUCGAAGACCAACAUGAGUGGAGUCGACGGAAAGCGCCAACCGAAUCCAAAAUCGAUGAAGGAAGCGCAGCUUUGAGAGCGUACGGAGGCCAACCACCUCCAGAAGAACUUACGAUGCAGUUCGAAGAUUGGAUCGAUAGGAUAGCCCUCUUCAUAAAAUACGUGGCAGCUGAGGUUUGGGUUACGUUAGCGGAACGGUUUGACGGUCACCGGAAAGUCGUGAUGGACUUACGCGAAAACUACGGAUGGAUGGUAGCUUUGCGCUACUGCCGUUUGAUACGUCAAGGUGUCAUGAGGGAAACGGUAGACAACCAAAUCCGUAACUUCAGCAAGAUUCAGUCAGCAAUUUUCGAAGACGCCAGGAUUACGGCAGACUCACGACAAGAACGAGCCUAUAGGACCAAUCCUUACGCCUCAGGAGGCCCUCUAGCUCACCUAAACCCUCUAUCCGGUUUACCACGCCCAUCCCCAUCCAUGUCCACUACCAAGAAGACCCUCUACGGCUUGGAUGCGAUGAAGGUGAAGACCGAACCCGGUACGGUAGACCCCAGGGGUGCCUCUUGGAUACCAUCAGCAAAAUGGAGAACUAUGACCGCGGAAGAGAAACACGAGGCGAAGAGAUCCCAAAGCGGAAGUAGCCGUCGUAGAGAGGAGGAUAGGGGUAGAGACCGCGGCUCUUAUAGAGAUCGGGAGUACUACCGAAGUGACAGAGAAGAGCGAGGUAGAUACCGCAGACGGAGUCACUCCAGAAGUCGCAGCCCAAAGGGCGGGAAAGGAAAAGGGAGAGGUUGA